AGCGCAGCCAUAUUGGAUUCUUUCUAGAAGCGUCUGCAAGCGUGAUUCAUGACAACAUAAGAUCGGAUCUUAUCUGAAUCAAUCCUCUCAAUUCCCUUUUUGAGAAGAAUUCUGUGGAGGCAGUAACGGUAUAUCUACCAUCAUGGCCCCUGUUAAAGCUGCUAAAUCUGGUAAUAAGUCAGAAUAUCAAGAUAAAGACAAGCCAACACAAAUCCGAUACAGUAACCUCACCGCCGCUAAAGCCGUUGCAGAUGCCAUCAGAACAAGUCUUGGCCCAAGGGGCAUGGAUAAAAUGAUCCAAGCAGCCAAUGGGGAUGUAACCAUAACAAAUGAUGGAGCAACAAUUUUGAAACAAAUGCAAGUCCUCCACCCAGCAGCUAAAAUGUUAGUUGAGUUGUCUAAAGCUCAGGAUGUAGAAGCUGGAGAUGGUACAACAUCAGUUGUAGUUUUAGCUGGUAGUUUGUUGGAUUACAGUGCCAAAUUAUUGGGCAAAGGAAUUCACCCUACAACUAUUUCUGAAUCAUUUCAAAAAGCUUCAGCCAAAGCAGUAGAAAUAUUAGAAACUAUGGUUACACCAUUACAAUUAUCAGAUAGAGAAUCUUUAUUAAAAAGUGCUUCAACCUCUCUAAAUUCUAAAGUAGUGUCUCAAUAUUCUAACAUAUUUUCACCUAUUGCUGUGGAUGCUGUUAUGAGAGUUAUUGAUCCUGCUACAGCUGAUAAUGUUGAUCUCAAGGAUAUUAAGAUGAUUAAAAAAUUAGGGGGAACAGUAGAAGAUACAGAAUUAAUUGAUGGUUUAGUCUUCAAUCAGAAACUCUCUUCUGGUGGACCAAGUAAAAUAGAGAAAGCUAAAAUUGGCCUUGUCCAAUUUUGUAUAUCAGCACCAAAAACUGAUAUGGAAAACCAAGUUAUUGUAUCAGACUAUACACAGAUGGACAGAGUUUUAAAAGAAGAAAGAAAUUAUAUAUUGAAUAUUGUUAAACAGAUCAAAAAGGCUGGAUGUACAGUUCUACUUAUUCAGAAAUCAAUUUUAAGAGAUGCUGUCAGUGAUCUUGCCUUACAUUUUCUGGCUAAAAUGAAGAUAAUGGUUGUAAAAGAUAUUGAAAGAGAGGAUAUAGAAUUUGUUUGUAAGACACUAGCUUGCAGACCCAUUGCUAGUUUAGAUCAUUUUGUGGCAGAAAAUCUUGGGUCAGCUGAUUUAGUUGAAGAAGUGCCUGCUGGUACAGAUAAAAUAGUUAAGAUUACUGGUAUAGCUAACCCUGGUAAAACAGUUACUGUAUUAUUACGAGGAUCUAAUAAACUGGUAUUAGAGGAAGCUGACAGAUCUCUACAUGAUGCUCUGUGUGUCAUUAGAUGUCUUGUGAAGAAGAAGGCUUUAAUAGCUGGUGGAGGUGCCCCAGAAAUCGAAUUAUCAAUCAGGUUAAUGGAAUAUGCCAAUACACUGGCUGGAAUGGAACAAUACUGUUUUAGAGCCUUUGCUGAAGCUUUAGAAGUUAUACCAUUUACAUUAGCAGAGAAUGCUGGUUUAAAUCCUAUAGCAGCAGUAACAGAGUUGAGAAACAGACAUGCUGAAGGUGAAAAAACAGCUGGUAUCAAUGUCAGAAAGGGAGCUAUAACUAAUAUUCUAGAAGAGAAUGUAGUUCAACCUAUGUUAGUAUCUACUAGUGCUAUCUCUCUGGCUGCAGAAUGUGUCAGAUGUAUACUGAAAAUAGAUGAUAUAGUUAAUACAACAAGAUAAAUAUGGAAUCAUUUGCAGUUUUUUCUAUCAAAAGUGUCAUUGUACAGACUUCAUGUAUAUUGUGAUAUCAAUUAUAGUGCUUUUUCUAAACCAAUCUAUGCUUCAUUUUACAUCAAAUAAAUUAUUCUCAACCAUA